AUGGUGCAGACCAUCAAUCUUGUCAAUGAGAACAGGAUCACCUGUAUGUAUGAGCAUACUUGCAAGGAGGAUAAGCUGGAAGAAGAAAAAUUGGGUGAGCCUGACAAGGAAGAAUUGGUACAAGUAUAUGAGGAAAAUGUGGGUGUUAACCCCAAGGAUAUGGAGAAAUCAGAUAUUGACAACACCCCAAACACCUUCAAAACAUAUUAUAAGGUGAACAAGGAUGACAAGCCUGUAGCUGACUUUGGCACAAUGCACCACAAAAGCCUGGUGCAGGCCCAUCAAAAUAAUUUAGCCACAACACAUAAAUGGGCCUGUGGGCCCAGAGUGACAGUAACAUACAAGCAGGCCUGUGGGCCUGUCCCUGGUAUAAUAGUGGUGCUCAAGGUGGCACUGGAAGCACUCUGGAAGCACUCUGUCUGUGUUCUGGCACUGGCUCUGGAAACAUGUUCUGGCCACUACAUUUUCAACUUCAACAAGCCAAAUGGUGCAGCAUCCCGUUGGACUCAAAAUAAAUUACAGUAG